AUGCUGCACAUGCCUGAUCAAACAAAACCACCUGUUGUCAUGUCUGUGGAAAGCUUACUAGAAUUCAAAGCAACAACACCACAUGCAAAUGAGCCAUGUGAAUUAUCUGGUCACUGUAGGGCUACUUUCCUUAUGGACUUCAGUCCUGAUGGAUCAAGAAUGGCAUCUUCACAUGGGGACCACACUGUUCGUAUUACAGACUUAUCCACACGAAAGUGCACUCAUAUUUUGAGGGGUCAUCCAAGAACACCCUGGUGUCUGGCAUUUCAUCAGUCAUCAAAUGACAUUCUUGCAUCAGGAUGUCUUGGCGGUGAAGUCCGUAUUUGGGAUUUACAUGGACGUGGUAGUGAAGUGUGGACAGCUCCUCAUGGUUCUGUUAUUGCCACAUUAGCAUUUCAUCCCACUGACCAUGUUUUAGUAUUUGCCACAGCUGAUGAGAUUUAUUUCUGGGAUUGGAGUAAAAGUCGACCUUUUGCCUGCUGUAAAACUGCACGCAACUUUGAAAGAGUUAGAUGGUUGCGUUUUGAUCCCCUUGGCCAUUAUUUGUACACUGGUAUUGCAAAUGCUACUACUAUUCAGCCUAGAAUUCAUAUUGGCAAUCGUACUACCUCUGGUAUCAAUAGAUCCAGCAGUUCGCAGACAGACAGACAGAUAGACAGACGGCUACGCACAGAUUUCAGAAACAGACGUCGUCAUAUCCAAGAGCGCUAUCAAGAAGUCUUGCGACAAUAUCACAGCUAUGAAAGAACCCAGCCUGAGCUCAGUGUUUCUAUUGACCCACCAGCACCAUCUACAAUUCCUCUUGAUGAAGAACUAGUUCCUUAUGUAAACUUGGUCACUCCACAGUCUCCUGUGCAUGAGGACAAUCUGCGCUCUGCCCGUCAGUAUGCAGCAGAAAUCUCUGAGGCAGUUCGUGGUGCCCUUGAAAUCCCAUUCACACGGUUCUCUUUGCGCCAUUAUCAGGAGCGACCUAGGAGGCAACAAGAGUUUCUUGGAGCUUCUUCCCAACCCUUCUUACGAUGUGAAUCGAGUCUCUCAAAUCGGGCACCUGAUGAAAGUGGGACAUCUUCAUCUACUACUACUACAAGAAAUUCUGUUGAGAAUCCUUCUUUACCAGCAGGAUCAGAAUCUUCAUCAAGGAGUCCUAUGACUAACUCCAUCACUUUAUCAAUUUCUGGUAGUGGCAACAGUACUAGCACUGAUAUGGAAGCUGAAAGUAAUGACAUUUCAGCAUCACAAUCUGCUUCUUUGCCAUCUUCUGCUUCUAUAAAUGGUCCUGCACGUACAUCAUCGGUAUCUCCUUUUCGGUCAAUUAGCAUGAACAAUGGCCUCCCUCGAAAUCUCUCAGACCGACUUGAUGCAUGUAAGAUGAAUUUACAAAUUUUGGAAACUCUUAACUCAACAUAUCGUGAAAAUCCUUCCAGCAGUGCUGCUGCUUCAUCUUCUUCAUCUUCUAUCCCAGCCACAUUCACUCCAAACACAGACAGUUGCAUCUCCCCACCACCUCCUUUGCCUGAUUCUGCUGCUGCAGCAGGAUGCUCUGACCCCUCCCAGAGAAGCACUUUACUGCACAAUGUAUUUUCUUCCUACCCAUCUACUUCCUCCUCCUCUUCCCUUCCGUCUUUGUCUUCAUCUUCUUCCUCAUCUUCUAUUGAAACAAACUCUUAUCUCAUUGGUCUUCCUUCUUCUGGAACUUCUAACCAAUAUAAUGGCACUUUGGCUAAUAAUUUACCAUCUACAUCACGAGGUGGGACUAGGGCACCCCACAGCAGAGAGAGUGCCAGUGCUACUAGCUCAAGUAGUAAUUCAAUUAAACCAUAUCAGCGACAAGCAGGCUCCCUCAAAUCAGCAUUCCACUCAAUUUGCCGUGCACUCAGUAUGAGUAACACUUCCCCAACAAGCACUGAGAACACUUAUACCUCUCUGCAGACCCCAACAACUUCUUUGACCUCAAGUACUGAUGAGGAAUUGCUUUCAACUGUUAAGUCGACAUGUAAAGUGGCAUCAACUUGUAAUAAGAGAACUUGUAAUUUAGAUGUUGCUGUUACUACUUUUACAUCAUGUCAGCAAAAAAGUGAGAUGACCAAUGCAUCUGCUGAAACUUCAAGGAAGUGGAAUAAUGACCUUUCAGCUGAAGCGACCUCUUCUUCAGAUUCUAUAAAUGCAGAUAAUAAUUGUUGGUCACAAAUGUCAAGACUGACACCUAUAAAUGUUGAAGCUGCUGAUGGGGCUUCUUCCUCCUCCUCAUCUUCUGCAGAGAGUCAUCAGCCAAUAUCACCGAGCAACUCCUCUGCAGAUUCUGCUUCGUUGCUGCCUCCCCCUGCUCCUCCCCCUCCUCCAUCCACUUCCUCAAACUCUUUUUCAUCUUUUCCUCUUUCUAGUAAGCCAAUCAAAACAACUGCCAGUCUUGCAAAAGAACCAGUAUUUUGCUCCACUUCUCAAAAUUCUUCUCCAAUGAAUACAGAAGGCUUGACAGCCCCAGCCUCGCUCUCUGUGCCAUGUACCUCUGUUUCAACAGCAUCAAGUUUUACCACAGAAACCUGUUGUAGUACAAAACCCUCACAAAAUAAAAUGGAAACAGAUGUUUCUUCAAAAGAUUCUCUUCCAAAUGACCAGUCUAUUUCAAAACCUCUUCACACAACUGCUGGUAGUUAUUUUAAUUUGAAUUCUGUUACUGACAAAGUUUGCCCUAUUGAGUCAAGUGCCUGUGUGACAUCAUCUUCAUCUGUUCAUAGUCCAUAUGUCGUAACUAGUCAACCCCAAUGUAGGGAUGAUGGUCAAUCAGAAAACUGCUCUGAUCUCGAAACCAGUUGUCUUUCACUUUCUGGUGACCACACUCCCCUCAAAUCCUCUGUUUCCAAUCAAUCUGAUCAAUCAAAGAGAACACAAGUCAGACGACCAACUAGCAAGACUUCUCGGAUCAAACUACUCAAAUCUCUCCCAUCUCCAAGUGUUGCUUCCACUCAAGACUGCAAAUCUGGAACCAGCUUUUUGACCAAAGAUAAACUUCGAUGUGACAAGAAUUCAUCUUUGAGUCCUGAUGAUGUUUCUGAGGCAGGUGCCAGUUCCCAAAUAACACAUUCCAUGACCCAAAACAAUCAGUCAUCAAUGCACCAACUUUCUCCAUCUGGUAGUACAUCUGCAAGUCAAUCUGCACACAACCCAGAUUAUGGUCCAAGUUCAGCCUACCAGUCAGAUCCUUCUCUGUCUCUAUUAAAUUGGGAUGAACUGGAUUCCUCCAGUGCCGAUUCUACCAACUUUCAUCCUACUAGUGCUAUGCGUCCGCCAUCUCAUACUUAUGAUAUCCCAGUUUUUGAGCCUUCAUCUAUGGUUAGUAACAGAAGAUCAAGUGGAUCAUUGCCAGAUGUCCCUGGAAUUUCUCGUACAUGUCGGCCACAAAGCCACAGUGCUAGGGGAUUUGAUUCUCCUAGUUUUUCCAUUCCGAACAUUAAUGACAAUCCUGGUGCUGCCACUAAUGAAGCUUUUGAUACACUUUGUGCUGUUGCAUCUGCUACUUGUGAUAUAACUGAAGUUACAGCUCGCCUGCAUCAAGAACUGGAUGAUCUUGAUCGACGUAUGGCCUCCUUGCAGCAACGUUGUGCUGCACGUCUGGCCCGUGUGCAUGUUCCCUCACGUGAAGUAGUUGGGCUGGAAAGGUGGAGUGCAAAUCACAAUGUGGAUGAAUUUGUGUGCAGUGUACGCAAUACUCUUGAUGGAAUUGCUCAGCUUCGGCGGCAUGAGCGCCUCGUUCAACAGAUUGCUGCUGCAUCUUUUUAUCCUGAUGAUGUAAAUGGCAGAGGCAAUGAAAGAUUAGAUGAGUCGGCUCGUUUGUCCAAUGAAGCACGUGAAGAAAUUUCCCGUUCUUUGCGGCGAGAAAUCAGCAAACAAACCAAAUUGCUACGAUUACAAGAACGUAUUCUGCAGCGUCUCCGACAACGACAGAUCCAUCAACAUUAUGUCAACACAACCAGUAGUUCAGAGGAUGCUCUACCUCGACCCAAUGAUACUCUUCAAGCAGCAAUCAAUCGUGCCAUUGCUGGUGCAUUCUUGGGACGAGGAGAAAUUGCUGUGGCAACAAAUAUAAUCAACCUAACUCACCGAAUUCAACGUUGGGAUUUUAGAAAGCUUGAACUACCAGACCUCACUGACAUAAGCGAUAAUGUGAUUGUUUCUCAUUGUAAACUGCACAAUGAUGCCAGCUGUGAUAUUUCUCAAGAUGGUUGUCUAUUAGCCACAUUUGUUCCUACACAUCGCGGAUUUCCUGAUGACACAGUCUUAGCCAUUUAUUCUCUUCAAGAAGAUACACUUGGUCAGUGUCUCUAUACAAAGGGAUUUGGUCCUAAUGCAAUAUCUGUGAGCAUUUCUCCAAAGAAUCAUUAUGUCUUGGUUGGUCUGGCAGCCAAACGUAUUUCCUGGGUAUUUACGACCAAUCAGAUGGUUGCUCAGGUUUAUGAGUUAAGCCAAGAAUUUGCAGGUGAACAGUCCAUGAAGCAUGUUAAUGACAUCACUCAUUAUGUGGAUGCUGAUAUGAGGACUCAUGUAAGUGUGAACUCAGCUAAGUGGUUACCUCAAGUUGGUGGUGGUCUGGUGUAUGGUACUAAUCGAGGCAAUCUCCAUCUCUGCUGGCCAGGGUUUAAACCUCAGAAGAAGGAAAACACAUCGGAACGUGAUGAAGAAUGGAAUACACUGAAUCAAGCACAGUCCUUGCGACGACGCUCAGCUCGGAUAAACAUUGACCGGCAAAGCAGACUCAACAAAUAUUGCUACUUUAUUUUCCUUCAUUUAUUCGUCUUUACUUUGAAAUAUUAUUCGUUGAGGUCAUACAUUCAGUAUUUUCCUCAUUCACCCACAAGCUGUCUUCACACGAACAAGUCACAACCUUUUUUGGUAAUGCCUAAGCAGUUUCUUGGCUAUCGGCGAGCAGAUGGAUGUCCUCAAAAAAAUCAAGGUGAAGAUAUGAGUCAACAGUCUUACUCUGGUGGAGACAGACAUGUUGACAAGGUGCUUCAUUCGGGAGGAGAUACUCCAACCUCCUCUCGAAUUUCUGCCCAGAGUAAUCGACCAACCCAUAUCUAUCCACAACCAUCUUCACAUCAAACUACAGAUCAUAUUAAUACUUAUCAGAAAACUUCUACAUCAGUUGCAGCUGCUACUCAUUCUUCUAUGUCCACAGUUCCAAACAUCCUUACAUCUACUGGCAUCAUUGGCAAUAAUUUGGAAAAUGUGAAAACAUCCAGUACAUCCAGCACCUCAGUGAUUGGUCACUCAAGUCCAGCAUACUCUGUACAUAUGCAGCAGUUUAGGCCUCAAGGUGUCCUUCAUUUAUCCACUACUAUCGGGGCUAGUGAGACCACCACCGCAGCCCAACCCAUCUCACUUAAUGUCAACUCUACAUUUCGAGGUGGAGGAGUUGGUAGUGGUGGUGGAGGAGGAGGGUCAUCUACUGAGGGACAAGCGACAUCCACUACACAUCAUACACCAACAUUCACAUCUCAUUUACCAAGAGGUGCAGCAGCUGCAUCUGCACUUUCUGUGCCAAAACCAGGUUCUAGUAUAGCUUCAGUAGCCACACCUGCUGCUGUAAUGCGACCAAAUACACCAACUAUCAUUAGCAAUACUGGUUAUUCACAGAUCAACCGAGCCUCAUUAAUCUCCACCAUUAAGCAAACCACUCCACCAUCAAGUGUACGGGCUGGUCAGUCAGGAGUUGCUCCUGCAUCUCAGAUCAUUUUGCGACCAGAAAAACCACGAUCUGGUAUAUAUGGUGAUGGCACCACUGUAGUCCCUGCUGCCCCAUCAACUCAAAAUAUUCAGAUUAUGCUGAAAAAAACAAGAGGAGCUGAUGUCACAAAAUCUCAGGUCAUGCCUGGUCAUUGUUCAGCAAAGGCUGUGCCUGUUACUCCUAGCAUUUCUCAUACAUCUUUGACAACAGCUGUCACUUCAAAAGUGAUUGCCUCUUCCCAGGGUUCUUUAACUCCAUUGGCUCCAAACCUUCCUAUUAAGCAAGGUGGUGGCAAAUGGAAUUGUGGCAAUCAUCUAGUUGACUUGACCAAGGAGACAUCUAAACCAAUGAAUGCAAAGGCUUUAGCAGCCAUCAGCAUGUCAACCCAAGUGGCAACUUCAUCAAGUGGAUCUGUCACACAAGCCACUGCAUCUGUAGCAGCAGUCACUAGUGCAACAUCAUCUAUCCCUUCAUCUAUUCCAAUUGCUAAAGUGACCCCACAACGUCAACAGGCUUCAUCUCAUAUCACCCAGGCAGCUGCUGUAGCUGCUGCUGCUGCUGCUGCCCCUCACCCAAUUGUUCAGGAGGCUCGUACAGAAACUCAACCUCAUGGCCAACCAGCACAAACUGCAGUGACAAGCAAUUACUUUAUUCCAGCUCAGGCUUCGCGUGUAUCUGCCAGUUCAACACCACUGACUACUAAUAUAUCUGCGGGUACCCCCACAGUCACACAUGCAGACAAUCGACAAGAUGGGCGUUCAACAGUUCAACACAUGCAGCCAUAUCUCCCACCAGAAAUGAUCUACAGUAUGCCAUACUCAUUGAUUCCAUACCAGAUGAAUACAAAUGUACCUGUUCGAUCAAGUCUAUGUGGCACCAUUUCAACACAAGCUGUGGUAACAUCUGCAGCAGAUAUAGUCAGUUGUUCAGCUGCAACCAAUGUGAGCAUUUUGAGUGUGAAUAACUCUCUUGCAGUUGGUAAUGUCAUGCAACCAACCCCCAGCAACCUAGCCAACAACACUGUUACACUUUCUAGCAACAACUCCUCUCCACGGCCCAGUAUACUGCGCAAGAGAACAAAUGAUGGCACUGCUGUUGGUGUAAAGAAAACAUUUGGUUUGCAGUCUAGUUCUAUUGAAAAUACUCAAAGCCCUCGGCAAGAAUCAACACCACAGUCCAAUACCAGCUCUCCAAAGACACCUGCUGGAGACAACAGUCAAUCUUCAACAGACACUGCUCUUUCUACAGAGGCUGGUUGCACUGGAGUGCCAACAUCUGCAUCUGACAAUAGAAACCCAUCAGAAUGUUCAGACAGCCAUGAACAAAAUGGUGUUGUUUCAAGUUCUAUUUUGUCCACUCCAUCAGUGUUACCCAAUCUUUCAAACAGUGUUGAAGCCUCACCACGCAAGAAACCUCGGAAACAGAUGUUAAAUGCCAAUGAAGAAUUAAAAGACAAUACAUCAACGGAUGAAGAAUAUGACAAAUUAGGUAAAUUAGAAGAACUGAAAGAUUACAAAAACAGAGAAGUGAAAGAUGAAUACACAGAUGAAGAAGGUGUACGGUGGACGACUGAGAAACUGCGAACCAAACUCUCCCUCCUAAAAUGCUAUGUAAGGACAUGGAAAGUCCGGGCCAAUCAUUUUGAACGUCACUCAGAUGUUAAAUGCAAAGAAGAUAAACGGGCUACAGUAAGUGAAUUAUCAAAUCAACGAGGAGUGCUGCAGAAGGCCAGUGGCUGGAAGUUAUACUUUUUGGCUACUCAACUGGAAGAUAUGAAUGAAAUGGAAAAAACAAUCUGCAAUCAGAUGUGUAAAUUGCAAAAAACUAUUUCUCCAAAGGACUCACCAAAACAGGGUACAAUGGACUCUGAUGAAACUAAAUUACAUGAACUCACACAGGCCAACAUCCAGCGCUGUAAAUUGGUGAUUGACCAACUGACAGAGGCACGCUCGUCCAUGCUGAAAAUUCUUGAUCACAAGCAACAUGUCCUGGACAUCAUCAACAAACACAUAAGCAAACGGCCAAUCAAGAAAAAGGAACGAACGUAG